AUGGCAAUAAAGCCCACAUUCGCGACGCUUCCACCGGAACUCCAUUUGAUCAUCUACGAGUAUCUCUUUCUCGACCCCGAAGAACAGAAGUACCCACAUGCCGUUCUGGAAGUAUCUCGCAAGACGCUCUCACUGUCCGCUCCCAUCCUUCUCUGUCACCUCAAACUCUACAUCGAAGGCGAUGAUGAAGAAUGGUACCUCUCGUUCGCCCGUCAAGAUUACAAUUCGUGGCACAGAACUCCCAACUCAGUGGCUUGGGAGGUCUUCCGCCAGGAUCCAGAGAUGCAACGACUCAUACCUCAUGUCAGAACAAUACACUUUGAACCAGGCUCAUGCUUGGACGUCGAGGGUAUUGAAACUCGCAUCACCUUUCACGGACCGAAGGCAACCUCCAAAUUAAACACCAUCACAUAUGCCCUUAAUCGUGAAUACUUUAGCCCUGAUGUCAGGUGUCUGGAUUCUCACAAAAGCAAGAUGGCCAAAGAAGUCGGAGAUGCAAAAACCUGUGCAAUGAAUCUAGUAGAACGCCUCAUGGAAGCUUGCAGUGGUAGAGUGGGCAAAACGAGAAAGGAAGCAGACGAAGAGGUGUACAAAGAGUGGGCAGCUUGGGAGAAGGAACAUGGCGUACAACCCGGAGAUUAUGAAGACUACCUCUAG